AUUUCAGUUUCUGUUUAGUGUUGAGAAAUCAUUUUGGCCAGUCCUUAAUAUCCUCUUUCCAUUCCCCAGCAUAUGCCCCUUGUCCUUUCUUCUUUCCCUCUGUAAUUUCUAUUGAAUAAUAAAAAAGAUGGGUGCGAUGACUUGCAUAGACAUUCUUUUGGCCAUCAUCUUGCCUCCCCUUGGUGUCUUUCUCAAAUUUGGCUGCAAGUGUGAAUUCUGGAUCUGUUGUUUGCUGACUCUCUUUGGAUGGCUGCCUGGUAUUAUCUAUGCUAUUUGGGUCCUUACCAAGAAUGACUGAUCUUUCCCCCACAUGGUAAAGAUGUGGAACUUUCAUUUCUGCUAAUGGGAUAUCCAGAUGUGUUACUUCCAAAGUUGUGUUACUUCUAUGAAUCAAGAUGUGUUACUUCUAAAGUUGUAAUUUUUUUGUUAAGCUUUCGUGAAUCUUGUGUGCUUCAGUACAGAAUUCUGGAUAGGCUGUUUCAUUUAUUAGUGUUUGUAGUCAUUACAUUGGUUGUAUGUUUGAAUUUGUAAUGUGAUUUAAAGUUUGUGAUAUUGCAUAUCAAGAGUUAUUAGUACUUUCAUGCUAUAUACUAAAGGGCUGGUGAUGUUGUAAUAGUCUAUAUCUUAAUAUGUGUUGUGUAUUCAA